GAACUGUCCAAAAUUUCGAGUGGAAUUUCAAGGUUCGGCGCAACCCUUUACUAACCGUGCGUGCGGGCCGGUAUUAAACCGGUUCAGAGCUUAUAAUUACAAAGCCGAAUGCAGAAUCUGAGCAGAGACCCGGACGGAGUGAAGAAGAGAGACAUAGAAAUGGCGGGUAGGGUUUUAUUUUCAGCUUCAGUGGGUCUCCGAAAAUCUCAUAGCCUCCUGAUUCUUUUCUCUAAUUCAUUCAUUUCCAUCCCAAAUGAGUCCCUUCCCAAAGCCAGUUUGGUUGAUGUUAUGUGCAAGGCUUUUGGUCCACAGCAAGCUUUUUCCCCAACCUAUGACAGAAAGAGGUUUCUGCUUGAGAGGCAUGUCUGGAUUCAUUCAGCUCCAUCUCUGAAUGCUUCUGAAAACGUUGUUGGGACAGUCAACCAUUCUGAGGGAGUUUCUAGCAUCAAGGAUGCUUAUAGUGGUAAUCUUAAGGCAAAGAGGAAGAAAUUAAAGGGUAAACGAGCUGUAGUAAGGUGGUUGAAAUUCUUUAGGUGGAAGAAGAAGAAAGAUUAUGAAAGAAUGACAGCUGAAGAAAAAAUUCUUUACAAACUUAGAAAGGCUCGGAAGAAAGAAGAAAGACUUGCUACAGCAUUAAAUAAGAUUGAGCCCGCAGAAUCAUCGGAAACAACCCAUGAUCCAGAAAUAUUGACUCCAGAAGAGCACUUUUUCUUUUUGAAGAUGGGCCUCAAGUGCAAAAAUUAUGUGCCAGUAGGAAGACGGGGAAUUUACCAGGGUGUAAUUUUGAACAUGCACCUCCACUGGAAGAAACAUCAGACUUUGAAGGUGGUGGUUAAAACAUUCUCACCGGAGGAAGUCAAGGAGAUUGCUGCUGAGCUUGCAAGAUUGACAGGUGGGAUUGUGCUCGACAUUCAUGAAGAUAAUACAAUAAUUAUGUACAGAGGGAAGAAUUAUUCUCAGCCACCAACAGAGAUUAUGUCACCCCGGGUCACUCUUUCUAGAAAGAAGGCUCUUGAUAAAUCCAAAUAUAGGGAUGGCCUUAGAGCUGUUAGGAAGUACAUCCCAAAGCUUGAGCAGGACCUUGAGUUGCUACGUGCUCAAGCUGCAAACAACUUCAAUCCUGUGCAACAUGUGCCAAACGCUGAUGAUCAGAAUGUGGGUUCUGGGAAGAGUUCAAGCACGCCACUGGAGGGUUCAAAUAAAUUGAAAGAAUUUUUGGAUGAGAGCAAGGAACUUACAGAAAAUGAAUCCAAAACAGAUUUGCUUUUGGCUUCUGAUUCUGAGGACUUGUCAGAUAUUUUUGAGACCGAGUCUGACACAGAGACAGAGGAGAGGGAAGAACAACCGCUUUUUCUGGAUGAAUUUGAGAAAUUUCCAGUAGAAAGUGAUGGAGAGCCCGAAGAUUUUGAGGAGCACUUACGCCAAAUAACAAUGGGCUCUAAAGUCCCAGUGGCAUCUGAGGAAGAUGUUAACUCUCCAAACUUUGAUGAGGUAGAUCGGAUGUUUUUACGUGCUGCUUCACUCCUAAAGAAAAAGAGGAGUUAGGAAGAUUCGUGAUUAGUGUAAUUCUCAUAAUAGAUGUUGUAGAUGUACAUUUACUCUUGCUUCCCCUUUGAGGCUUGACUGCAUAGACAGUACUUAAUGCAUGGAAAAGUUGCAGUGCGGCAUUUUUCGGUAGAAAGAGGUGCAUGUGCGACAUUUUUCUAGCAGGCAGAAUCUGUAAAAGCAUGUCAAAUUGCUCGACCUCAAGUUUCUCGUUGCUAUUGUAUACCCGUCUCUUCAAAUUGCCAUGUAUUGAUAUUAUCUAGGUUCAGAGAAAGCAACUUAACAUUUUCCUUCAUAAUUGUACAAACACUUGGUUCUGAUAUAAUUUCGUUCAGAGGUUUUAUGAAUUUACAA